AUGUGUAUUGCAUCUCAUCCCAGAAUUCUAUUGUCUAAUUUCUCAUUAGUAUUGAAAACAUUAAGAUGGGGCAUCCUCUUAGAUGGUACCAUCAAUCGUCAGUUUGUACAAGGGCUCAAAUCUUGCAGCCGCAGUCUCCUGGUUGGCAUAGCUUGUCAAGACAUGAACACAGCUGAGCUUCAUGCCAAAGAAUGGGACAUCGAAAAGGUCUACUCUUCUUAUGUCGAAUUGUUUUCUGAUGAUAGGAUUGAUGCAGUGUACAUAGCAAUCGCUAACAGUUUACACUCUCGCUACACCAUGAAAGCCGCUCAGCUAGGCAAGCAUUGUUUGGUGGAGAAUCCCUUGGCAACUAAGGUUUGUGAAAUUAUUGAGAUUGAGAGACUAGCGAAAGAAAAGAAUGUGAUCAUAGCAGAAGGCUAUCCUUAUCUCUACCAUCCACAGUUUCAAGCAAUCAAACAAGAGAUAUCAUCAGGGUGUAUUGGUGAUGUAAGUCACAUGCACGGUAUCUUUGACUACCAAGCCAACAACAAUAAUGCAACAGAAUCAGAUGUCUUAGCUGACUGUGGUGCGCUGUGGAAUGUCGGAUGUUAUCCUAUUAGUCUUAUGAUAGCAUUAAUGUCGCAGUGUCCACAAACGGUGUCAGCGAUUCAACAGACAGGUUCAAGAAGCGAAGACACCAGCACAGUUGGAUGGAUGAAAUAUGACACCGUCAUGGGAUCCAUUUCUACCAGCUUGAACAGUCCAACCAAAACACACUUUGAAAUUGCCGGCACGAAUGGAAGAAUACAUCUGCACAAUGACUGGUGUUAUCACCCCGACCACUGUAAUCAAACCAACUCAUUUGAACUCAUCAUGAAAGGAGAACCAUCCAAAAAAGUCACUGUGCUCAAUCAAGACCUUUACAGAGGAGAAAUAUUAUCAUUUGAAGCAACUGUGUUAGAUAAAAAACCAUCUCUUGUAACUCUGCAACUAAGUAAAAAAAUCGCAGCUGUAUUGGAAGCUAUGUACGAGUCAGCACGAUUGGAUGGUGUACCAGUAGUGCCUCAACUAAGAGUAAACUCUGAAAGGUCUAAUGGUGUACCAGUCGUGCCUCAACUAGAGUAA